AUGAUAAAAGCACAUAAAAUUGAUGUAAUAUAUCAUGAUUUUCAUUUGCUUCUUUGCUCAAAUGCUUUGUGCUUUGCAUUGUGUCAUAUCAUGCAAUGGUUUAUGCAAGCAAGUGAACAACAACAUGAAACAAAUUACCUCGCUGGUCACGGAAUAUCGUUGAUUGUUUAUUUUGUCAUGUCUUGCUUAUGCCUUCUGCAGAAAGGAAUAAACCGAGGAGAUGUAGAGAGACUUGUUUGCAUAAGUGAAUGCUAUGCUUACGCCAUUUUACCAUAA